CCACUGGAGAUCAAAGCGAAAAGAAUGAAUACCCUAAUAGUGGAAGCACAUUGUCAUUUUAAAUGAGAUGUAACAAGAGGCUAUGAAGAAAAGCAUCUUGUCAUGGUUAUUCACCUGUGUAAGAUUGCUGUGUUCCACCCUGUAAGCAGUGAUACAGGAUUAUCGCAGUCUUUCCAUUCCAAGAUGUUCUCGGAAGGCACAAGAGGCCAACAGGUUGUCCUGUUGGAACGCCCUGCCUCUGGGAGGUCCCGCUCAGAGCAGCCUCAGCCAUCUCAGCAGAAUCGCCUGUGGCUAAACCCAGCCACACUGGUCCAGGCUUAAGCAUGGCAGAAGUUUACCUCAAAGGGUUCCUGCUGUCCAUGAAGCUGAACGCAUAUUUGACUUUCUUGCAGAAUGAGGGCUGUCUUGGCUCUAAAUCGAAUCAGUGGCACGUCCAGGCAGGCUCAGGACUCCACCCAGGGUCAGCGCUGCCCAUCUGCUGCCGUCGUAUUGCACCCGCAACACACACGCACAACAAGACUGACAUGUUACAUCCAAGCCUGCAGAGGACUGAUGAUCUCCGCUGUCUGCCUGGGCUUCUUUGGAGCUGUUUUUGGACUGGUCGGGAUGAAGUGCACAAAAGUUGGAGGCUCUGAUCAGACCAAAGCAAAAAUAGCUUGUUUAGCUGGACUGAUUUUCAUACUCUCUGGUUUGUGCUCUAUGACUAGUUGUUCCCUGUAUGCAAACAGGAUUACGUCUGAGUUCUUUGAUCCUACUUUUGUUGCACAAAAGUAUGAAUUAGGAGCAGCUUUGUUCAUUGGAUGGGCUGGAGCUUCGCUCUGCAUAAUUGGUGGCAGUAUAUUCUGCUUCUCCAUAGCUGAAAACAGUAAUUCUCCAAGGAGGGGGUAUGCAUAUAAUGGAGCCACAUCUGUGAUGUCUUCUCGUACAAAGGUCCAAAACAGUGUCCCAGACAAAACCCCACCAAAGCACUUUGACAAGAAUGCUUAUGUUUAAUUGUACUGUUGGAAGAUUCAAGGCAUUAUAAAAGUGUUUGUACGUUUCAUUCAGAGUGAUUUCCCCCCAAUCCAAUGUAAUUACCACUAAGACAAUGACUUUUUAAAACAUUAACUUGCAGCUUUUUACAUAUUGAUGUAAAUUUUAGUACAUACUAUUUUAAGAUUGAUAUUGGUAUUGUAAAGUUUAUAUCUGGAAAUCAUGAGCUGAUGUUGCUUUCUGGAGAAAAAAUAAAUGGGGUAUUUACCAAA